GGAGGGGGGGUGGCGGCUGCGCGGCCGGCGGGAGGUCUGUCGGUUCCCGGCGCGCGCUCCUUCCCUCCGCGAGGCGCGAGGGGGGGGCGGGCGGGGCGGUGUGAGUCGGGCGAUGGCGAAGACCGUGGCCUAUUUCUAUGACCCGGAUGUCGGCAACUUUCACUACGGGGCUGGACAUCCCAUGAAGCCCCAUCGCCUGGCCCUGACCCACAGCCUGGUGCUGCACUACGGACUCUACAAGAAGAUGAUUGUAUUUAAGCCGUACCAAGCAUCCCAGCAUGAUAUGUGCCGUUUUCACUCAGAAGAUUACAUUGAUUUCCUUCAGAGGGUGAGUCCAACCAACAUGCAAGGAUUUACCAAGAGCCUCAAUGCUUUCAAUGUGGGGGACGACUGUCCAGUCUUCCCAGGGCUGUUUGAGUUUUGCUCUCGCUACACUGGGGCCUCCCUGCAAGGAGCAACACAGCUGAACAAUAAGAUUUGUGAUAUUGCUAUAAACUGGGCAGGAGGCCUGCACCAUGCAAAGAAGUUUGAGGCCUCUGGUUUUUGUUACGUCAAUGACAUCGUUAUUGGCAUUUUGGAGCUUCUCAAAUAUCACCCGCGUGUCCUUUACAUCGAUAUUGAUAUUCAUCAUGGAGACGGUGUCCAAGAGGCUUUUUAUCUGACAGACCGGGUCAUGACAGUGUCUUUUCACAAAUAUGGAAACUACUUCUUCCCCGGUACAGGUGACAUGUAUGAAGUUGGGGCAGAGAGUGGUCGUUAUUACUGCCUGAAUGUGCCUUUGCGUGAUGGAAUUGAUGACCAAAGUUACAAGCACCUUUUCCAGCCAGUCAUUAAUCAAGUAAUAGACUUCUACCAGCCCACCUGCAUUGUGCUACAGUGUGGUGCUGACUCACUUGGUUGUGACCGUCUAGGUUGCUUUAACCUCAGUAUAAGAGGACAUGGUGAGUGUGUGGAAUAUGUCAAGAGUUUCAACAUCCCCCUGCUGGUGUUAGGAGGUGGCGGCUACACGGUUCGCAACGUGGCCCGGUGCUGGACCUAUGAGACAUCGCUGCUUGUGGACGAAGCCAUUAGCGAGGAGCUCCCAUACAGCGAAUACUUUGAAUACUUUGCUCCUGACUUUACCCUUCACCCUGAUGUCAGCACUAGAAUUGAAAAUCAGAACUCGAGGCAGUACUUAGAUCAAAUCCGGCAGACUAUCUUUGAGAACCUGAAGAUGCUGAACCAUGCCCCGAGCGUCCAGAUCCAUGAUGUCCCUUCUGAUCUGCUGAGCUACGACCGCACAGAUGAGCCUGAUCCAGAAGAGCGGGGCUCGGAGGAGAACUAUAGCAGGCCAGAGGCUUCCAACGAGUUCUACGACGGUGACCAUGAUAACGAUAAAGAGAGUGAUGUGGAGAUAUGAGUCCUGAAUCGCGGGAGUUUUGGGACUGCGUCAAGUUCCCUGCCUGGAUGCGAAUGCUUGAAGGGAGCAGCGGCUCUGCCCCUCCUUCCUGCUGGUCGCUUGAAGUGAUGGCAGCAGCAUUGUUGAAGCAUGCGAGGACUUGUGGACAAAAGGCAGCAAGAUCCCCUCCCCACCCUUCACAGCCCCGAUUUCCCAUGGGAUUGUGCCUCUGCCACUGCUUGGGGGAACAGAAAUUCAUCAGAAUUCUACGGCCAUGGCUGCUCUGUGAUCAGCUUCAGGCCUUGUUGUGCCAUGACAUCCUCCCUCUGUGUGGAUGUUUCAAGGAGGAUAUCUCUGUCUUCAGCAGUUGUCUUUUAUCGUGGUGCAGGCUUUUCAUGUAUGCAUGCUUCGGCUGAGGCAGCACACCCAUAACUCACAGAAAGCUACAGCGAAGGUUGUUUUCCAGCCAGGUUUCCAGCCAGUGAGUUCUCUGUUGGAGUAACUCAUGCCAAAAGAGACUCAGGAUAUUUGGGGUAAUAAUCAGCUGGGCCUUAGUGAAUAUAGGAGGGGUUAAUUUGGGGUCCAGUCCAAGAGUGCAGGCUUAUUCAACGCAUAGCUUUCAUCCCGGAUGCCCUUUCUUACAGUUUUCCCUCCCCCUGCCACAAAACAACUCAGACGUGGAGAAAUAUUUAUCCAGAUGGGUAUUGGAGGACGGGGAGCAAACCAGGCUAGGAUAAGAUAUUUCCCCCCCUCUUUUAAUCUUUAUGCAUUGUCACAUUGUAGACCUGGGUGUCAGCCUGGUACCCAAACCCAUUAUCGAUAGAGGAUUUAGUUCUGCAUGGGUAGCAGGCUUUCAUGCCUUGCACACGCCGUAGCUUCUACCGGUAACUCCAAUGGCACUCCAGUGCAUCCACAAGAGCAGUCCAUUCAUCUUUACUUCAGUCAAGGGCAGGUCGUGACAGAAAGCACAACGGGUCGUGGGGACGCUGGCUCCGCUGUGUUUGUUCUCCUGUUCCGUACAGUCGCACUUCUCCCAUCUGUGAAUUUCUUCAACAGAGGGGCAAGUUACUUCCACGUCUGGGGUGUAUGGCGAGUCCCACUUUCACAACAUGGCCUUUGAGUGAGAGCCUGGAAUAUCUCCCUGGGUGAAUGGCAAAGGGAAACCAGCCCCCCCCCCCCCUUUCAACAGUCUGUGGAGCUAACAUGGGUCUAAUUUUCAGCCUUUCAUUGGCCAUGCACUGUGUGCGCCGCCGAUGCCUGUCCAUCUGGGUUGUGAGGGUGUCAUUGACGUUGCCGUGGCAGAACAUCAGAUUACCUUUUGUUCCUUGUACUUGUAUUUUUACCAGUGUUUCAGAAUAUUAAACCACAGGAUGGUAUUUUUUUUUCUUACCUGCCUGGAGUCGCCUUCUUUCCCCAUCCUCCCCUUUGGCUGAAGAGGUGAUGCUCAGUAUAGCAGUCCUUGAAUACUGAAACUAUGCUUUGAUCACUCCAUUGCCUCUUCUGUGGAGAUGUGCUCAUUUGUUCUGUACAAGCCACGUUGGUCCCUCUGUAAUUCUUGUGGUUCUCAGCACCCUACGCUUAGUCUAAAAAGAAAAUUCCUAAAUAAAAAGAUCAGGAAA